UUUCAGGAUCUUCGUUGAGCAGAUAGGUUGGCUUGCCAAGGGAAAAAACAGGAACUGCAAGUGAUUCCUCUGUAUCCAUAAAAUCGGUAUUGUUUCCGGAGGAACUCCAAUUUGUGAACACCUCGUUGGAGAACUCUGAUUUCUACAUUAAUUGGCAAAUUCAUCUUUAUCGUCGCCAUUAAUCAGUAGAUCUCUGACUGAACCCUAGGUUUUUCAGGGGAGAGAUUUAAUCUCUCCUGAUAUUCGUAUUUAAGCUUCAAUGGCGCUUCAAAGAACGAGAUUGAUUUUGUUCGUUUGCUUUCUAUCUUUUGCGCUUUCUGUUUUCGGAGGGAAAAGCUAUUAUGAUAUUCUGCAAAUCCAAAAAGGCGCAUCGGAUGAUCAGAUCAAACGAGCUUAUAGGAAGCUGGCGUUGAAGUAUCAUCCUGAUAAGAAUCAGGGAAAUGAGGAAGCCAAUAAGAGAUUUGCGGAGAUUAAUAAUGCUUAUGAAGUGCUGUCGGAUCGGGAGAAAAGGAAUAUCUACGAUAGGUAUGGCGAAGAGGGUCUGAAGCAGCACGCAGCCAGUGGAGGCAGGGGUGGUGGAGGAAUGAACAUCCAGGAUAUCUUCAGCUCCUUCUUUGGUGGAGGUCAAGCAGAAGAAGAAGAAGAGAAAAUUGUCAAAGGUGAUGAUGUUAUAGUUGAACUGGAUGCAACAUUGGAAGAUCUGUACAUGGGUGGCUCACUGAAGGUAUGGAGGGAGAAAAAUGUCUUAAAGCCAGCCCCUGGUAAGAGGCAAUGUAACUGCAGAAAUGAGGUCUAUCACAGGCAAAUUGGCCCGGGAAUGUUUCAGCAGAUGACAGAGCAGGUCUGUGAGCAAUGCCCAAAUGUGAAAUAUGAAAGAGAGGGGUACUUUGUCACCGUUGAUAUUGAAAAGGGGAUGCAAGAUGGGCAAGAGGUAGUGUUUUAUGAGGAUGGUGAGCCUAUAAUAGAUGGAGAAGCUGGAGAUCUCAAGUUCCGUAUCCGUACUGCACCACAUGAUCACUUCAGAAGAGAAGGCAAUGACCUGCACACAACUGUUACCAUAACACUGGUCCAAGCACUAGUUGGUUUUGAAAAGACCAUCAAACACCUGGAUGAACAUCUUGUAGACAUCAGUUCAAAGGGAAUUACGAAACCCAAAGAAGUGAGAAAGUUCAAAGGUGAAGGGAUGCCAUUGCAUUUUAGUUCAAAGAAAGGGGAUUUAUAUGUUACAUUUGAGGUUCUGUUCCCUACUUCACUAACAGAAGACCAGAAGACCAAGAUCAAGGCAACUCUUAGUUAAUUUCAUAGUUCUUUCCCUUUUGAGCUCCAAGAUGUUUCAGUGUACAAUUAUGAGGUCAACUAGAAGCUGUAGGCAGCCCAAGGAUGGAGUCAAUGCUUUGAUCCUUGAUACUGCCUUAUUCUCAUGAGGUGGAUUUUGCUCCUGAUUCUUACUCUCCUUGAAUAGACCCCCCCCUCUCCUUUCCCCACUACCAAAAUUAAUGUAAGAUUCUAACAGAAAAUUUGUGAAACUAAAUUUUGUUGUGCAAUUGUUUAUUUUACUUA